AUGGAAGAGAGAGGAAUCCGUAUUCUAUGCCUCGACGGGGGCGGUGUCAAAGGCAUUGUCUCUCUGGAAAUGUUGAAACACAUCAUGGAAGACAUACGUACGCAGGAGAAUAUUGAGAGACAUGUUCCUAGGACCGCCAAGUCUAGACGAGCUGCCAGUUCUCGCUCAUAUGUCCCACCUGAAGAAUUGAGACCUUGCGACUACUUCGAUCUGAUCUGCGGAACAAGUACUGGAGGUUUAAUCGCUCUGAUGCUGGGCAGACUAGGAUAUACCGUGGAUCAAGCGAUCGAGAAGUACAACACGCUCUCAAAAAAGAUCUUCGGUAAGAAGUUACCAUGGGUCGAGCGUUGGAACGCCACCUACGAUGAAGCAGCUCUCGAAGAGUGCCUGAAGACGGUUAUAAGAGAGUCUCCUUUUGAGCUGCAGGAGAAUGCACCACUGAAAACAACCAUCCCCACCACUGAUCGCCCAGAAGUUAGAAGGACAGGUCGCAGACUUCAAGGCUGCAAAACAUUCAUCGUUUCGACAAAUCUUGAUAAGGAGUCUUCACGGCCGGUUAUCUUAAGAUCUUACGACAUCCAAGGUAUCGAAACUGAGCGUGCAUCACCUUGUACGAUCUGGCAAGCUGGACGUGCGACUUCUGCAGCCCCGACGUUCUUCAAACCCAUCGAAUUGGAUGGCCAAAGCUUCAGUGACGGCGCAACUAUAGCUAACAACCCGACCUACAUCGCUAUCAUGGAGGCAAGCAAGAUCUGGAGACCUGUUGAUAUCGAUUGCAUAUUGAGUCUCGGAACAGGGCGUGAGGAAGACCACACUAUGGCCAACGCUACUCUAGACAUGCUGGGCCCAAGGGUAACAUGGAUCUGCGAACGAAUGCUUUCCCGCUUCUUCUACUUUCGCCUUCAACUCGCCAUCUACAGCCUGCAUGCAAUGACUGGUACUGAGGCGACGCACCACAAUACCAGAAUCAUGGUCGAUGCAUAUCGUGCUGAUGCAGAGACUCCCAAUGUCGACAGGAAGGAGGUGUACUUCCGACUCAAUCCAGACAUCAAGAGUGUGAAAGCAGGUUUGGACAGCGUUGGGAAGAUGAGUGAACUCAGUGCAGUUGCCAAGAAGUAUAUGCGAGAACAUCCCGAUGCACGUACUGCCCGAGAGGCCAUUAAGUUGAAGCUUGCUGGAUCUCGUCAAUUAAGGCCACCACCGCCAGUCAAUGUUCGUCAAAGGUUCCCAUCGAUUGUAAGACUGUUGAGGUUUGCACCUACACUGAAUGGCGAUAAUACAUUCAUCGCUGGGGAACCUAACACGAACUUGACACAGGACGAAGACGCCGACCAGCUGGAGUAG